CCUACCGGUAGCUAUCGAAACCUGCUACUAUAUACGAACAGAAUAGAGCGGCCCCACCACCACCACCACCACCACCACCACCACUCAAGCUCAGCAAGGCCUCACUCCAUAUCACGCAGCUUAGCUACCGGAAGUCUGAGGGUGCAAAGUACCGGUAGCCCACCUGAGGUCACCGCAGAUCCCCAUACCAGUUCGCCAGAGCAAUCAUGUUAGCAGCCGCUAAAGAAAAGCUCAUCUUCGCCCCCAAAGACGACCAAUACAACACCUCAGCCCUCACUUCCAUAGACCUCUCCCCAUCCCCGCUAACCCAAUUCCAUGCCUGGUACACGGCAGCCGAAUCGCACGCCAUCCACCAGCCCGAGACCACGACCCUGUCUACCGCGCACUUACCCUCGGGCCGCGUGAGCGCGCGCACAGUCUACCUCAAGGAACUCGAUGCCCGCGGCUUCGUCAUCUACUCCAACUGGGACACGUCCCGAAAGGCGGCGGAUGUGGCCAGCAACCCCCGCGCCGCGCUGACCUUCCACUGGCGCGAGAUGGAGCGGCAGGUGCGUGUCGAGGGGAUCACGGAGAGGCUGACGGACGAGGAGAGUCAAGUCUACUUUGACACGAGGAUUCGCGGGAGCAGGGUUGGGGCUUGGGCGAGUCGGCAGAGUGUUGGGAUUGAGGAUAGGGAUGUGUUGGAGAGAUGGGUUAAAGAGGUGGAGGAGAGGUUCAAGGAUCAGGAGAAGAUUCCCGUGCCGCCGUUUUGGGGAGGGUUGAGGAUUGUGCCAGAUUAUGUGGAGUUUUGGACAUAUACUAACUCCCUGCCUCACAGCCGUACCAGCCGUCUCCACGACCGCUUCGCCUACACUCGCGACUCUAUCGACUCCGACACCUGGAAAAUCCAGCGUCUCUCACCCUAA